AUGACCCUGGGCAGCUGCUGCUGCGAGAUCAUGUCCUCCGAGAGCUCCCCGGCCGCGCUGUCCGAGGCCGACGCAGACAUAGACGUGGUGGGCGGCGGCAGCGGCGGGGGGGAGCUCCCAGCUCGCUCCGGGCCCCGCGCCCCCCGGGACGUGCUCCUCCACGGCCACGAGCCUCCCCCGGAGGAAGCCGAGGCAGACAUAGCCGAGGACGAGGAGGAGUCGGGUGGCUGCUCGGACGGCGAGCCCCGCGCUCUGGCGCCCCGGGGGGCGGCGGCCGCAGCGGGGAGCCCGGGGCCAGGCGCGGCGGCGGCCCGCGGCGCAGCGGGGCCCGGCCCGGGACCGCCGUCGGGGGGCGCGGCGACGCGGAGCCCGCUGGUGAAGCCGCCGUACUCGUACAUCGCGCUCAUCACCAUGGCCAUCCUGCAGAGCCCCAAGAAGCGGCUGACGUUGAGCGAGAUCUGCGAGUUCAUCAGCGGCCGCUUCCCCUACUACCGGGAGAAGUUCCCCGCCUGGCAGAACAGCAUCCGCCACAACCUCUCGCUCAACGACUGCUUCGUCAAGAUCCCCCGCGAGCCGGGCAACCCGGGCAAGGGCAACUACUGGACGCUGGACCCGGAGUCGGCCGACAUGUUCGACAACGGCAGCUUCCUGCGGCGCCGCAAGCGCUUCAAGCGGCAGCCCCUGCCGCCGCCGCACCCACACUCGCACCCUCACCCGGAGCUGCUGCUGCGUGGCGGGGCCGCGGCGGCGGGGGACCCCGGCGCUUUCCUGCCCGGCUUCGCUGCCUACGGCGCCUACGGCUACGGCUACGGGCUGGCUCUCCCGGCCUACGGCGCGCCCCCGCCGGGGCCGGCCCCGCACCCGCACCCGCACGCCUUCGCUUUCGCCGCGGCAGCCGCCGCCGCUCCUUGCCAGCUGUCGGUACCCCCAGGCCGCGCCGCCGCGCCUCCACCCGGACCUCCGACGGCCUCGGUGUUCGCAGGGGCGGCAUCCGCCCCAGCUCCUGCGCCUGCCUCAGUCUCGGGCCCGGGCCCCGCAGGCCUGCCCACCUUCCUGGGCGCGGAGCUAGGCUGCGCCAAAGCCUUCUACCCGGCGUCCCUGAGCCCUCCCGCAGCCGGCACCGCGGCGGGUCUGCCCACCGCACUUCUGCGCCAGGGCCUCAAGACGGACGCGGGCGGUGGUGCAGGCGGCGGGGGCGCCGGGGCAGGGCAGAGGCCUUCCUUCUCUAUAGACCACAUCAUGGGCCACGGUGGCGGCGGGGCAGCACCCCCGGGCGCCGGCGAGGGCUCUCCGGGACCGCCAUUCGCGGCAGCCGCGGGUCCUGGGGGCCAAGCCCAGGUCUUGGCCAUGCUGACUGCUCCAGCCCUGGCUCCCGUUGCUGGCCACAUUCGCCUCUCGCAUCCCGGGGACGCGCUGCUGUCCUCAGGGUCCCCGUUUGCCAGCAAAGUCGCCGGCCUUAGUGGCUGCCACUUCUGACCGCAGCAGGCCCAGGGCCGGUUAGGUCCGCACUCCUCAGCCUCUCCCGGGAGCUCCUGCGGUCCCAGCGGAACUCAGGGAGUCUAUUUAUGAAGUCUCCAGACCUUGGGCCGGCACGCGUGACACGGCACUUCAGGCUCCACGCACAGAAUCUCACAGAUAGUUGGGACUAAGCGGGCUGUAUCGCUCAGGGCGACAGGCCCGGGGCUACGCGAAGAAGUCGCAGGCCAAGAUCCUUUACAGUUUGAGAAAUAAAAGCAGGGGGGUGGGGGCUUCGUUUUUUCCCUGCCUCUGCGCCUCUUGGCGAACACAUUCCGGGAGAGAUGAGAGAUGCCUGGCCAGGCUCCACGGAUCCCGCCAGAAACACCAACAGAGGGUCUCCCUUUCUGCCUUUCCCCUCUCACUUCUUCCCCAACGUUGAGACCCUGCUUGUCCAAUAUUAUAAUUUAAAGACGUCUAUUAUCUGCUUUGUGCUUAAAAGAAAAAUUCAACGUUUUUUUUUUUUUUUUUUUUUUUUUUUUUUUUUUUUUUUUUUUGCUGUUCUCCAAGGAAGUUCGUUUCCUCUGAAGCCUAAACCAGUGUCUACGCAGGCGGAGCUGAACGGAGAGGUGAAGCAGGGGGUCUUUAUAUUCCCUGCAGAAACCCUGGAUCCCACUCCACUGAGGAAAAUCCUUUCUCUUUUGUGUUAGGGUGCUUUUAAAGGAAUUUCUUUCCUUUCCCUUGGCUGGCUGGGUCCAGCCAUCUCCGGCCAGCAACCCUGUCAGUGUUCCACCUUGUCCCAGGCCCUGGGAUAUUUAUUGUGGCUAAAGGCAAUGAGAUUGGGUGGAAGAGAAGGGUCUGGGCCAGGGACUGGAGAGGUGGGGGUGGAGUGGGCAAAGGCACACCCUGUGGCAGGAGGUCCUAUAAUUUUGUGUAAAUAUCUGUACAGCGGGCUGCUCUCGGCGUUCUCUGUCCACUGGGUGUGCAUUGAUUUAAACUUCUCCACUGUGGGGAAACUCUGUGAAAUCGUCUGAUGGUCUGUGUGGAAGAAAAGAAAAAUCUGUCUACCCUUAUUCCCCAUUGGUGUCAAUUGAAUAAAUGUAUGUGAACUUCA